AGACAGAGCAGCACACUCGCACACACACAUAUGUCCAACAAGCUCAACAAAUAAAUGAAUGAUGACUAAAAAUCCAAUGGCUAGAGUUUAUUAGAUAACUUUGGCAUUUCUAUAAUAUUUGUAGAGACUUUUUUUUUGGUUGUCUUGCGCCUCAUGAGUUUAUCGUUUUGGAUUAAUCGGAUAAAAAUCCGCCGCCAUCAUCUACAUCAUCAUUUUUAUCGAUCCAUAAUCCUAUCAUCCUUGUUUCGAUCAAAUUUGAGCACAUCAUCAACCUCAUUAUCAUCAAGGUUGAAUGUAUUUAGUGGUGUAGUCUCAUCGACAUCAUCAACAUCAAGAUCGUCAGCAACUCGACUUAUUUCUUGUUCUUGUUAUUCACAUAGUAGUUUGCCAUCCACUACAUUCUCAUUUCUAUCACCACCGACAACAAAAACAACAAAACGAGUCGUUUCCAAAGCCACGAACAGUCAUAGUAGCCACAUUAAUAAUAGUACCAUUUCAAUUUCACCAUUACAACCACCACAACUAGCACGUUGUUCGUUAUCAUCAUUGUCUUCGUCUUCGUCGUUGUGUCCGAAUCAUUUUCAUUUGGUCGCCACUACAAAUUCAAGCCAAUUGCAUACGGCAAACAACAUUCGACGUGAGCAUUUUAUCACAUCGACAAUAAAAACAGACGCCGAUUAUAUUAUAAAUGAAACAAUAGUCAAACAUCGAUUUCGAUUGUUAAUUAAUUUUCUAAUCAGUUGGAAAUUAUCUCGACCACCACCACAAUCAUUAUCAUUUUUAUUUCCAUCGUUAUCAUCUUCGAUUGUGGUAGAAAAAUCCUCAUCACCAAAAACAUUAACCACGGGUGCUUUUCAUUCAUUAAUCACAAAGGGAACAGCCGGAUCGGCAUCAUCAACAUCAAGAUCAUUGUUCCCAAAACGAAACGGUGGUAAAGUUGCAUCAUUACGUGAAACAUUUUCUAAACGUUUUUAUUCAAGUUCAACAACGACUACAACCAAAAUAAUGGCACCAAUUGGUAUUGAUGAUAAAACUGAAUAUGAUUAUGAUCUAAUUGUCAUUGGAGGUGGAUCUGGUGGUCUUGCUGCAAGUAAAGAAGCUGCCGCUUUAGGUAAAAAAGUAUGUAUGCUUGAUUUUGUUUCACCCACACCACGUGGUACAUCAUGGGGCGUUGGUGGUACCUGUGUAAAUGUUGGUUGUAUACCGAAAAAAUUAAUGCAUCAUGCUUCAUUGAUUGGAGGUGAGAUUGAUGAUGCUCAUUAUUUUGGCUGGCAAACAAAAAAUGGUGAACCAUUGAAAGAUAAUUUGAAACAUGAUUGGUCAACAUUGGUCAACUAUGUACAGAAUAAUAUAAAAGGAUCGAAUUUUUCUUAUCGAGCGCUGUUGGCUACACAACAAGUAAAAUAUUUAAAUGCAUGUGGAUCAUUUGUGGAACCAAAUAAAGUACGAAUUGUUCAUAAAAAUUCAAAAGAAGAAUUUCUUACAUCAAGAAAUUUUAUCAUUGCCACUGGUGAACGACCUGUUUAUCCUACCGAUUGUGAAGGUGCCGAACAAUAUGCAAUCACUUCUGAUGAUCUAUUCUCAUUGCCUUAUAGUCCUGGUCGUACAUUGGUUAUUGGUGCUUCAUAUGUUGCAUUGGAAUGUGCUGGAUUUUUACGUGGCCUUGGUUAUGACGUUUCCGUCAUGGUAAGAUCGAUCGUAUUACGUGGUUUCGAUCGUCAAUGUUCCGAACAUGUUCGUAAUUAUAUGGAAAAUUAUGAACACGUCAAAUUUAUCGAUCGAUGUGUGAUGAAAAAGAUUGAAGAAUUACGUAAAAGUGAAAAUGGUGAAGCUCCAUUGUUACGGGUUACAUAUCAAAAUUUAGAAACGAAUGAAAAAAUUACCGAUGAAUUCAAUACUGUUAUGUUUGCUAUUGGCCGUAGACCAUGUACGGAUAAAAUUGGAUUAGAUGUGGUUGGCGUUGAAUUGGAUUCGAAAGGUUAUAUACCGGCCAUUAAUGAGCAAACGAAUGUGCCACACAUCUAUGCCAUUGGUGAUAUAUUACAAGGCAAACCUCAAUUAACACCUGUGGCUAUUGAAGCUGGUGUAUUAUUGGCACGACGAUUAUAUGCUGACCAUCAAGUUAAUUGUGAUUAUAUCAAUGUACCAACAACUGUUUUUACACCCAUUGAAUAUGGAUGCUGUGGCUAUACUGAAGAGGAAGCAAUCGAUAAAUUUGGUGCCGAUGAUAUUGAAGUUUAUCAUCAAUAUUUUACACCAACAGAAUGGAAACUUAACUAUUAUGAUCGACCACGUAAACCAAUGAAUGUAUGUUAUGCCAAAGUAAUCACUACCCGUUCAAUAGAUGGUGAUCCAAGAAAAGAAACAUUGCUUGGUUUUCAUUUUGUUGGACCAAAUGCAGGUGAAGUAAUACAAUUUACACCAUUUCCAUUGAAAAUGAAGGCAACAAAAGCCGAUCUUGAUGCAUUGAUUGGUAUACAUCCAACAUGUGCCGAAAUUUUCACCAUGUUACCAAUCAGUAAACGUAGUGGUAAAGAAGCUACACAACAAGGAUGUUGUGGUUAGACAUUAUUAAUUAAUUUAUAAUUGUUUUUUUCCCCAAAUACAAAAGUACAAAAUUAUAAUGAUUCGACUGUCUGUCUGUAAUUUAUAAUAAAUUUGAAAUAAAAAACAAAACAAUGAAUUCUAUAUCCAUUACAUAUAUACUGGUUUUUUUCUGAACAAUAAAAAAAACUGAUUAUUGUC